UAAAUGACGUCACUGUGUCAUGUCGACGGGCAGUGUGCGCCAUCUUGAAGCGAAAGCAAAUCACGGGCAGAUCCCGCUCUCGUUGAUCCCGCGCGCCUCCGCUCGCUCUCAUUCUGCGCUCGUUCACACCGUCCGCCCGGCUGAGCUCGAGGAUAAGCCGCACUGAAAGCUCGAGGCACAGACACCGGCGAUGAUGGCAGGGGUUGGUGGAGGCAAUGAUUUCCAGUGGUGCUUUUCCCAGGUCAAAGGAGCCAUAGAUGAAGAUGUUGCAGAAGCGGACAUUAUCUCAACCGUUGAAUUUAACUAUUCUGGGGAGUUACUAGCCACAGGAGACAAAGGGGGAAGAGUCGUCAUAUUUCAGAGAGAACAGGAGAGUAAAAACCGCCCACCCUCAAGAGGGGAAUACAACGUGUACAGCACUUUUCAGAGUCACGAGCCUGAGUUUGAUUACUUGAAAAGUUUAGAAAUAGAGGAGAAGAUCAAUAAAAUCAGAUGGCUCCCGCAACAGAACGCUGCACACUUUCUUCUGUCCACAAAUGACAAAACCAUCAAACUAUGGAAGAUUAGUGAAAGGGACAAACGAGCGGAAGGAUACAACCUUAAAGACGAAGACGGAAGACUGCGAGAUCCGUUUCGAAUCACAUCACUACGGGUUCCUGUGCUGAUGCCAAUGGACUUGAUGGUGGAAGCCAGCCCACGCAGAAUAUUUGCAAACGCACAUACAUAUCACAUCAAUUCCAUUUCAGUAAAUAGUGAUUAUGAAACAUACCUUUCUGCAGACGACCUCAGAAUAAACCUCUGGCAUUUAGAAAUCACAGAUAGAAGUUUUAACAUUGUAGAUAUAAAACCAGCCAAUAUGGAGGAGCUGACGGAGGUGAUAACAGCAGCCGAGUGUCACCCACACCAGUGUAACGUCUUUGUAUACAGCAGUAGUAAAGGAACCAUCCGUCUGUGUGACAUGAGGGCCGCCGCGCUCUGCGAUAGACAUAGUAAAUUUUUUGAGGAGCCAGAAGAUCCCAGCAGCCGGUCGUUCUUCUCAGAAAUCAUCUCCUCCAUAUCUGACGUCAAGUUCAGUCACAGCGGUAGAUACAUGAUGACACGCGAUUACCUCUCCGUUAAGGUUUGGGACCUGAACAUGGAGAACCGGCCUGUAGAAACCUACCAGGUACACGAGUACCUACGUAGCAAGUUGUGCUCGCUCUACGAGAACGACUGCAUUUUCGACAAGUUUGAGUGCUGUUGGAACGGUUCAGACAGUGCCAUUAUGACGGGCUCCUACAACAACUUCUUUAGGAUGUUUGACAGGAACACGCGCAGGGACAUCACACUGGAGGCGUCGAGGGAGAACAGUAAACCCCGUGCCAUGCUCAAACCCCGCAAGGUCUGCACCGGCGGCAAACGGAAGAAAGACGAAAUCAGCGUGGACAGCCUGGACUUCAACAAGAAGAUCCUACACACCGCCUGGCACCCGAAAGAGAACGUCAUAGCUGUGGCCGCCACCAACAACCUGUAUAUAUUCCAGGACAAAAUUAAUUAAAAAAAGAGAGUGAUUUAAAAACCAAGAAGAAACAAAAAUCAAGAGAAAAAGAAACAUCCCCCUCCUCCCCGUUUUCCCCCGGCCCAGGUCGGAGGGCGCUCAAGAAAUGUCGUACUUUGCAAUGAUAAGCCUAGUCGUUAAAUCUGUAAGAGAAAUAUGGCCCCGUUGUCAUCCUGACAAAGAAGAGAAAGCACUUGUUUUUCACUUGUAGACAAGGAAGCUGAGAGACGGAUCGUAUAUUUUGGAAAAAGAAAAAACCUCUUUGAGAGGGUGUCAAUAAUUAAAAAAGAAAACAGGAGAAGGCCAAUUUCAACCCACCCUCCAACGACGGAAUCGGCACCAAUCAGCAUUAAGACCACAUCAACUUCGCAAAAGUCCUACAUGUAUUCGUCUUUCGGCCGAGCCUUACGUUUUUAUGAUUUGACGACCAAAAUUACGGAAACGCACCAGGAUGAGCAACGUCUCGCUGUCAAUCGUAUGUACUUGCUGUUCGACUUUGAAAUUCAGGCAUUCAUGAGCGUUUGUGUAUUGCCUGUUAACAUUCCUUCCCCUGGCCCGACUCUAAGGCCUUGAUGUUCUACCUUUUUAAGCACUUAAAAACAGGUCUCCAAUUUGGUCAGUGGACAGUUUCUUGUUUUUGUUUUCUUUCGUUUUUAUUUUUGUUCCGUUUUUAUACUUUUUUUUUUUUUUUCUUUUCUCAUGCAUAAUAUCUACUCACUUGACUGUAUCUAUAUAUUACACCAUCUGGUGUCAAACCACUUAAUAAAAGUAACAUAACUACAAAGAGAAAGCGUUUUUACAUUAUGAGCAGGUAUGUAUGAAUUUUAUGUUCUAUAUUUGCAUGUAGAUCUGGAGCGCCAGUGGUUAAAAUGUGAAAUCAUCCUGCUGAACCUGUAUCGGCAGCAUUAUUGGGGAAUUCAACCCAAAAACCAUGGAAUUAUUUGUUUGACUCUCGGCGCAAACAAAAUACAUUUUCUUUUGGCCUUGAUUUUACGAUUUCACUUGCUUGUUUGUCGGACGAGUCUGAAGACGACAGCGAACCAAACGUAAUUCCCUGAUAAUGAGCCGGUUGGGAAGCAAAUCUCCAUGUUGUACUACUUGAAUUUGCAGUUGCACUGUUUGAUUGAGGACAUUGGCCAUAAGCAUCAGUAUUGCCGUCUGAUUCGCUUUAGAUCCUGUUUUUAUUUUGAUAUUAGUUAUUUUUCUUAUUCAUUGAUAUAAAGGGAUUCUACCGCCUUAAGUCUGCCCUAUAACAAUCCUCACCCGAUAACCUCGAGGACUAGAUGAUCUCGACAUCCCAAGUCGCCCGGAUAACUUACCCGCAAUUCUUCCUACAUCCAUUAUUUUUCCUUAUAGCACUCCGUUUGUCCGUUCAUGUGCUGCUACGGUUCUUGCGGCUUAGUAUUUGGACACUAAUAUACAAGAUAUCGUACGGUUGGUGACCAGCGUAGAACACUCAAAUUGAAACCGAUGUUGAGUGCCUCUAGAGACAAAACUGGCUUUCCUCCAGUCAAUCAAAGUUAAACAGAUCACAUACAGAUAUUCCUAGCGCUCAAUUCCUGCGCAAAAGAAAAAGAUGUUGUGCAGAAAUUGAUCGUGCAUCGGGAUGUGAUUUGAAGAAACCGGUGACAACAUACAGUUUGUGUGCUGCUGAAUUUUGACAUGCGGCUGCAAAACUGAUGUCAAAAUGACAAACGUAACUUAACGGUUGACAAGUACAAAGUUGUUGUAUAGCUGAUUGUGACGCUCUUUAAAUCUGGGAACUUACGGGUCGGUUACGUACACAGACCUUGUUCCUUGUUAAUGAUGAUGAUGAUGAUGAUGAUGAUGAUGCUAACAUUGUGAAAGUGUACACUUGUUUGAUUAUUUUUGACCAAAGUUAAAUAAAAUUUUAAUUGUGUUUAUCUGAA